AUGACGUCAAUUAACGAUUUCUUAGACUCGUCAUAUUUCCCGAGACGUGUGGAGCAGCUUGCUCUCAGAAGGUUCCAGACUUGGCUACACGGCCGUUGUCCGUUGCCAACGGACAACAACGGACAACAACAAGGCACGGAGCUAACGGAAGGACAGCGCGCAAGAGACCACACGACGCUCUGA